CCCCUGACUAUUCUUUCCCCUGAUCGUUCCCACUCAUCAUCCUCGCCAUUUGGCCACUCCUUCAUCGAUUCAUUUCAUUCUUCUCUCACAUGGCUCUCCGAGCAUUCGACGGCGGCAUGUCCGUUGGUCCUCCGGCCUGUUUGUGCUCUACUCUGUUCUGCUCUGCUCUGCCCUGCACUGCUCUGCCCAUCCCUGCUGCGUGUCUGUCUCCCCUCCCCUUAGAAGUCCACACAUGUCGUUUCCUUUUCCUAGAGUGGUGCACCAACGCAGCCCGUUUUCCCUUCGAGAUCCGCCCCAGUGCACAAAAACCAUUUUUUCUUGCAAAAUGAGACAAGACAACACCGCCCCUGUCUUUGAGCCAGGCCUUCUGAAUAAUGAAUAUACAAACGUCCCUUCACUUCA